GCAUUUUUGCAACAUGUUUGCAGUCAUCUUCACCUAGCUCUGCACCACACGUGAUCAAGAUCCGGACAAAUGAAUCGCAAGUGCAAUGGACUUUUUCUUGUACUUGUAAAGCCGGGAAAGGAAAGUGCAAACAUCAAAUGGCCGUACUAUACCAUUUGUUGAAGGAUGCAACAGUUCCUCUGCUUACAGUAACCGAUUUACAACAAAAAUGGGGCAAAAUUGCCGCUCAAACCGCAUCGGACAUGUAUAGAGCUAAGCGGCUGAAAGAUCUGUGUUUCAGUGAAAGAUCGGGCUCAGCAAUGCAGGAUAGUUUAAACGUAUCUGAAGUUGAAGAACCAUUUGAAAACCACAAACCGAUCAAAAACACCAAGUAUCAGCAAUACAUGGUGUCGGAAACAGAACAAUCGCAAAUUCUGCAACAAUUUGUAAAAAGUUUUCCGAACAGUGCACUGGGAUAUGAACUCUGUGGCAGACCUUCAGUUCAAGACGAUAUCAACCCAGAAACGGAAACAAACAUUGAUUUACAAUGUAUUGAAGUUUCAACACGCAAGUUGUCUUUAAAUUCGUCAUGCUCAAUCAUAUCGUUCGAAGAUUUUUCUAUGCAAACUCUGAAACUAUUCGUUCAAGAGCUAUUUCGGCCUGAAUUUGAUCUUACCUAUAAAUAUUUUGUUGGUCCUUUGGAAACAAACCUUUCAACUUAUUAUGAAAUGAAAAUAUGCGUUUCCGCGAAAGAAUCCACCGACAUUUGCUUAAGGACGGUUUCACAAAACUCGGAUGAAUGGCUUGAGGAACGCAGUUUGCGCAUAACGGCUUCAAACGCAUACUCACUCUUCACUUACUAUGCGACCGAAAGGAGAAGUCUAAAGAUUGGAAACGCAAAGUUGUGA